AACCAACUUGUGCCUAUUAAUAGGUUGCAGUUGUGAUUAUUGGAUUUUAAUAGCGAGGUCACGAGAUUCACCUCCGUGUAACCCCCGCGACCUUCACGUAAAUAUUGGUAUUCGCGUGCGCAGCCUUCAAGCGUUCUUCAAACACCAUCCUUCCUCGCUCCUUUCUCCUCGGCAUAGACAUGUUUGUCAGUACGAUUUAUAGAAUAAUAGGCUCUCCUCGUCGUCGCCGUCGUCUCAAGCUGUCGAAAUCGGAACCUCUUACUGUUAAUGUCGUGCAAACAAAGGAGCUGGGAGGAGUGGACGGGAACCAGUUGGAUCUCAUAUCACGAAAGUCAUCACGUCGCGGCCGCAUCCUGUGCAGUAAAUCACAAUUGGGGACUACUGCAGAGCCAUUGUGCUCCGCCUCCCCGCUGGCUCGCGGGAACAACAAGGAGCCCAAAGAAACGACCCGCCGUCCUUUACCUCUCGAACUCUUGGCAUUGAUCAUGUUGUAUGCGGAUGAUCUUCCUACUGUCCUCAAAUUUCGACUCCUGAACAAGGGCUGGUAUGCGUAUUGGCCAUCGUUUGCUUUUGCGGCUUGCAUGGCGCCCUUCUGGAAGCAUCUCGAUCUGACAAGUUUGGGUGCCUGUUGCUCUAUGAUACGUGUGGAAACUCUACGUCUUUUACUGGAGGGAAAUCCAUCGAGAUCACAGCGGGGAGCGCGGCAAUGGGUGGAGACGGUGCAAGUCCUCCAACAUACAUGGGAUCCUGCAAAGUUUCUUGGAUCUGCAUCCAUCGCUCUUCUUAUCAGUAAUUGCCCAAAUAUGAGAAGCUUGGACCUUUCCGGAUGUGAUAAAUUGGAAAAUCUGACCAAGACACUAGCCAUUGUGGGUCGAAACAAUGGAUUGACCUUCACCCACGGAAAGCUCGAAACGCUGAACCUCAGCGGAUGUAAGCGACUGAAUUCCACCGAUCUAUGCGUUUUUCUUCAUCUAUUUCGACACCUCAAACACCUGAAUCUUACCGAGUGUUUCAAUAUUGCACAAGUCGGAUUUGUUGCACUGGGAGACAUGGCCUUUCUCGAAGUACUUUCCGUGAGGGAUUGUCCUCAGUUCGAUAAUGUUUGCAUUGGACCGCUACUAUUUCGUUGUUCUCGUCUUCGCGAACUUGAUAUGAGUGGAACCAAGGUGUCGAGCGGUGGUUGGGCCGAGGUAAAUCAGGGCUCAUAUCCUCAUUCUGGUGAAAGCUUAGAAAUCUUUGUUGCAUCCAAGAUGAGACUGUCAUCCGGUCGCGAAAUGGACUGGUUAUUAAGGAUGGCCAAAUUGCGAAAGGUGGUCAUGAAGGAUAUUCAGGGGUUGGCGCCCCGUAACUUUGAGAGGCUAAAAAAUGUACUGAUCUGUAAAGGGUACGAACGGUUGGAAAUCAGCAGGGCUCCUGCAAAGAAGCCAUUAUCUUUUUGAUUCCAUAAUGUCAUGGAGAUCAUCAUGCGACGUAUGUCAGCGUUAGCGUUACACCCAUUAUUUCACUGUACAGUAAUCCCUUACGUAUUGAUCUUGCCUAUAAUACACCGCGUGGAAGUGCAAAGAAUUUUGAUACACAUUGAUGCCCACACCCUGU